CACAUAUACACACACUAACCAAUACUAAUCAUGUGUGCUAUGCUCUAUGCAUUUUUAACUGUCACGGCCCUAGCGCGCAAGAGACAAUGGUGGAUUAAGGUAUACGUUUAGAGAUUGAUAGUUGAAUCUCUUAGGAGAUAAGGUAGGAAAGGACGAACAGACGGGGUACAGAGGGUAAUGAUAAUACUGAGUGCUGAUUGUGACUAGAUUAUAUUAAGUUAUGUACAAGAUGACUAGGUCUAUUCGCAAUGGCGGCCAGGCCGUGACUUAUUCACGAAAGUGACUAAGCUUACAAGCUCCCCUCGCGCUUACCACGUCAUGGUGCCUCGCUAGGCAGCGCGUUAGGCCGCUUGUGGUGAGAUCCGUGAACUGUACGAUUGACUUUCGCGAAUCGAUAUAAAAAAAAUUUCUAUAAUUGCGGAAUCAUUUGUAAAGUUUGCAAAUGCAAGUCCGAAAAUUGUGGGAGCCUUAGUUUAUUUAUAAAAAAGAAAAAACCUUUCGAGUCCCGAGAAUCCCUAUAUUCACGAAUUAUUCGUCAGGUGCUACAUAGCCUGGGGGUGAAACUAACACCAAUCGUUUGCAAAUUAAUUGCGGAUUAUGCAAAUAAGCUUGUUUUUACAUAAUUCGGCUUAUAAGUUAAGUUAUAAAUUAAUUAAAUUAAGCGAGUUCAGCUCGUCUAGUCGGCAGUCGGCUGGAUAAGGCGGAUAUACAUGUGCUCAUGUUUUCUGUGCAACCUCUUAGACUCACCUCCAAAGUGCAAACUAGAAUGUGUAAAUAAUGACGAAAGUAUCGACCAGAAAUGCACAGAUCCUUGUUCAGGCUCUUGCACAGUUUGCCACGUUGUCAAUCAUUCGCCUCUUUGCACAUGUAUGACAGCACAAACACCAGUGAAACCAUGUAAUCUAUCACCUUGCGGUUCCAACAGCAUAUGCCAUGAGAAUAAUGGGCAACUUAUAUGCACAUGUCAACCAGAAUUUCUUGAAAGUGCAUUAAAUUGCAGACCCGAGUGUCUAUUGAGUUCAGAAUGCAGUGCUGCAUUAGCUUGUAUUAAUCAGAAAUGUCAAGACCCAUGCAUAGGUGCAUGUGAAAACAACGCUCAGUGCAAGAUUAUCAAUUGCAGCGCUGCAUUAGCUUGUAUUAAUCAGGAAUGUCAAGACCCGUGCAUAGGUGUAUGUGAAAACAACGCUCAGUGCAAGAUUAUCAAUUACCUGAGUGGUAUCACUAGAGAUCCAUUCCAUCAAUGCUACCAAGCACCUGUUGAAUCAUAACCAAGCAAAGAUCAUUGCAAUCCAUUGCCAUGUAGACCCAAUGCACUGAGCAGAGCAAUAACCGAUAGUCCAGUAUGCACUUGCAUCAACAACUACAUUGGCAUACUACCAAAUUGUAGACUAGAAUGCUUGAUCUAUCCUGACUGUACAAGCGACAAAGCUUGUACAAAUGAACAGAUAUUCUAUGCAGCUGUCCGUUUUAUUAUCAGCAAUUUAUCAGGUAGACCUCUAGGAUUUGAUUGUGAAUCGGCAAAUGAAGAAUCUGUAUCUCGUAGCCUUGCAUCAACUUGCUGCUCAGAACGAUGAUCGCCAAAGAACUUGAACGAUGAAUUUUUAUGAAUUGGCUGACUACACUAUUAUCUGAAUCUUAUUAUGAUUCAGUUACGUUAAACAGAUUUUUAAGGGCAAAGCUUUAUGGAAUCAUGCAUUUUUCGUAUCUAUACUUGAAAAAUAUAACACUGUACGUCGUCCCGGCGAUGGGUGACGCGCACUAGCUCAAGGUCGUGCAGUUCUCCGAGGGCAGCAUCCAGCCGGACAAGCCGUACACAUUCCUCGUUCGUAAGAAUGGCGCCAAAGACGAGCUCGACGGAUAGAUGCGUCUCGCCGAGCAGCAUCGAGGACGACUGCUUCAUCCAGUCGAUCGACUCCGAGGAGUACUCGGUGCGCUUCAUGCCGCGCGAGAAUGGCAUCCACAACAUCCACAUACAGUUCGAUGGGGUAUACAUAAACGGCAGCCCCUUCCGCGUGAACGUUGGUAAAGUCGAUGCCGACCCGGCGGCCAUCUAUGCGCAUGGCUACGGACUGAAGGACAUCAAGACCGGACAGAAGACAGACUUUAUCAUCGACACGUGCAACGCGGGCGCUGGAGCCCUCGGUGUCACGAUCGACGGACCCAGCAAUAUGAUUCUCUAUUUUAAUCACUGAAUUUUUUUUAAUAGAUGCCGCACUAGGUACGGUGUACCACAAUAUUAAUUGAUUGAAUUGAUUGAAUUACCAAAGAAUCUAGAUCUAUCAGCUAAUAAUUCAACAACUGCAAAUUAGAUUUUAUCAAUUCUUUUGGAAAGCUUUUAUUACGAAUUUGUCAAACAUUUCAGCCGAAAACUUAUCUAAAUACAAUAUCCUGUAUUUAUUGAAAUUGGUCAGCACUUAAUGUUGAAUAACGUCGUUAAUAAUGUUCUGUAAACCUAUACUUCUUAGCUAAUUUUUUUGUUGAAACUGUACAAUAAAAAAAUCGUUUGGUUUUUAUUUGAAAUACAAAUAAAUAAGAUAAAAGCAUCUAAGGAGUUAUUGAUGCUAUGUCAACA